UAUGGUUACUAUAAAUAUUAAUGCAUAUGUUGUAACAAAUUGUUGUAGAAAACAUAAGUCUUCACAACUUAAGUAUGAAUUUGAUACCGUCUUACAUUAAGGCAAAGCUUCCUUACUAACUGGAAAAUAUAGCCCUAAAUAUAUGCUGUGCAUAUAUGGUAAAGGUGAGUAAAGAGCGAUAUUGUUUGGAAUUAUCAAAUAGAUAACAAAAUCACUUGAAGGACUACAAUAUUAACCACAAAUAUUGUGCCCAAAAUAUUUUUGUAGUAUUGGAUUAAUACAAUCGUUUGAACAAUGA